AUGUCUGCCACAAACUCUCCUAUGUUUGGACCUGAUGGAGUGUCACGAUCGGGAUCUCCUGUCGAACAGUCUGAGGAUGUUCGAAUUCUCGGCUACGAUCCUCUGAUUGCCCCAGCUCUGUUGCAAAACGAGAUUCCCGCCUCGGCUAAGAGUGUUGCUACUGUUUCUAAAGGUCGUAAGGAGGCUAUUAAGGUGUUGAAUCGUGCUUCUGACAAGCUUGUUUGUAUUGUUGGACCCUGUUCGAUCCACGAUCCUGAAGCCGCUUUAGAGUAUGCCAGCAGACUGAAGAAGCUUUCAGACGAGCUCGAUGGUGAGCUUGUAGUUAUCAUGCGUGCUUACUUGGAGAAGCCCCGUACCACUGUUGGUUGGAAGGGUCUGAUUAACGAUCCUGAUGUGAACGAGUCUUUCAACAUCAACAAGGGUCUACGAGUAGCCAGAAAAUUGUUUGUUGAUUUGACUGAUUUGGGUGUUCCAAUUGCCAGUGAGAUGCUCGAUACCAUUUCUCCUCAAUUCUUGGCUGACCAGCUUUCUCUUGGAGCCAUUGGAGCUCGUACCACCGAGUCGCAAUUGCACCGUGAGCUUGCCUCGGGUCUGUCUUUCCCUAUUGGUUUCAAGAAUGGUACUGAUGGCUCUGCUGGCGUAGCCAUUGAUGCUGUCAAGGCUGCCUCGGUCUCGCACCAUUUUAUGGGUGUCACCAAGCAAGGUCUUGCUGCCAUCACCACUACUAAGGGUAACGAGAACUGUUUCAUCAUCCUCCGUGGUGGUACCAAGGGUACUAACUACGACGAGGCUUCUGUCAAGGCUAUUAAGGAGAAGCUGGCUGGUUCGUCGACUACUAUCAUGGUCGACUGUUCUCACGGCAACUCUAACAAAGACUACCGCAACCAACCCAAGGUCAACAGUGAAGUCGCUCGCCAAAUCGCCAACGGUGAAGACACCCUUGUGGGUGUCAUGAUCGAGUCCCACAUCAACGAGGGCAAGCAAUCGGUCGGUCCCGAGGGUAAAGCCGGUCUCAAAUACGGCGUCUCCAUCACCGACGCCUGUGUCAACUGGGAAACCACCGAGGUCAUGCUCCGCGAACUCGCCGACGCCGUCAAGGCCAGAAGAGCUCUUAAAAACUAA